AUGGAAAAAUAUCUCCAAGAAAUGAUCAAUGAGCAUCAGCAAACAUGGAAUUCUGAGCACACAAGAGAUUUUAUUGAUGCCUUUUUGCUUGAGAUGGAAAAGGCAAAAGGAGUUAAAGACAGUGAUUUUAAUGAGCAGAAUCUUCUGUUAAUUAUAGCUGAUUUAUUUUCAGCUGGCACAGAAACUACAUCCUCAACCCUGAGAUGGGGUUUGCUAUUUAUGUUGCUGUACCCAGAUGUGCAAACAUAUUCCAGGUUUACAAACGAGUUCAGGUAUUCUUUAGAAAUACGUUAUGCAGAUAUAAUCCCUCUCUCUGUGCCACACAUGACAUACAGAGACACACAUAUCACAGGCUUUUCCAUCCCUAAAGGCGUCCUUAUUAUGACCAACCUGUCCUCUGUGCUUAAAGAUGCGAAAGUCUGGGAAAAGCCUUUUCAAUUUCAUCCAGAGCAUUUUCUUGAUAGGGAUGGCAAGUUUGUAAAAAGAGAAGCAAUUAUGGCAUUCUCUGCAGGUCUCCGUGUUUGUCUAGGAGAGCAGUUGGCCAGGAUGGGACUGUUCCUCUUCUUCACGACUCUCCUGCAGCGCUUCUUCUUUCAAAUUCCUGAUGGCGAGCCCAGCCCACGGGAAGAUCCUGUCAUUGUAUACAAUCAGAUCCCACACGCUUAUAAAUUCUAUGCCAAGGUUAGAUAG